CUCGUUAAAAACCCUAAGAAUAUCCCGUGGAGGAACACGUCAGAUAUCUUUUUCCUCAAGAUCCACUCAGCAAAGAUCCACUCAGCUUGUAGGUUGCCCGUUCUUUCAGGUUGAUUGCGGAUGCCUUGUGCCAUAAUAUCUACCGUACAACAACACAGAAAACCUAACACCAUCCAACAGUAGUCUAGAUUCAAAGACCAUGAUGUUCCGAGUAGCUCUCUUACUGACCACAUUGCUUAGCGCCAAUGCCUUUCAAUCGGCACUGCCCACGCGCGUUGGAAGCAGCAGCAGUAGUAGUUUGUGCAUGAGCACCAUUGCCGUAAUUGGUGCCUCUGGAUUGACUGCACAAGAAUGUGUCUACCGAGCACUCGAACAGGGAUACGAUGUGGUCGGACUUACAAGAAACCCUGCUAAUGUGGUGAUUCCACAAGGAUCCGGUGGCGCCAAGGCAGGCCAACCAUUGGUGAAUGACAAACUGACAGUGAUUGGUGGUGAUGUGACCAAAAAGGAAGAUGUCGCCAAGGUAUUUGAGGCGGCCGAUGACAUUGAAGGCGUCAUUAUUGCACUGGGUGGAAAGACGGCAGACGUGGGAGAAUCCAUGUUGACCGACGGGACUUCCAACGUCAUUGCCGCCAUGAAAGACAAGGGAAUCAAACGAAUGGCCGUCGUCACAUCGAUUGGGGCCGGAGAUUCCGAAAGUCAGGCACCCUUCAUGUUCAAAAUGCUCAUGAUGACCGUCAUGAAAAAGAUUUUUGUCGACAAGAACAAUCAAGAAAAGGUCACGCAAGCAAGUGGCUUGGAUUAUUGCAUUGUGCGACCGGGUGGAUUGACUGUGGAACCACCCACGGGAAUUAUCAAUGUCAUUGACGGUGAAGCCGGAAGCAUUACCCGUGCCGAUGUGGCCGAAUUUUGCCUGGAUGCCGUCACCAUGCCAGACUUUCCGUACUUGCAACAGGCGCCUUGUAUUAGUUCGGUGGGUGGCACUUCCUGGACCAAGGAUCGAUCCGCCAAGGCUCGUGGAGAAGGAACCAUGUAAGGCAAGAGCCUUUCAUAUUAUAUACUUGUAUAGAAAGCUUGAGUUUUACAAUCUUCAUGCGCGAUUUCUGUACCACAUCGGGAUGACUGAGGAGUUUUUCGUACGC